AUGGCUCUCAGGGUGCUUAAUUGGGCCGUCCGGCUCGGCAUCGUGGGCGGCUUCGGCGCCGCGAUCAAUUACAAGUGCACGUACGAGUCCAUCCCCAAGAGCACGGCGAGGACGAGGGAGGCGGUCACCACCUUUUCGAAGGACAGCCGCCGGGAGCUCUACGACGUUGCAGUGGUGGGUGGUGGCAUCGUGGGCGUGGCCACCGUGCGGGAGAUACGAAAGCAGUUUCCCACGAAGCGCGUUAUCCUGCUUGAGAAGGAGGCGGAUGUUGCCCAGCAUCAGUCUAGCCACAACAGUGGCGUCAUUCAUGCAGGCAUGUAUUAUGCGCAACAUUCACUUAUGGCCCGGCUAUGUCCACGCGGACAUGACCUCAUGACUGAAUACUGUAAGAAGAAUAAUCUUCCCUAUAAACGUGUGGGUAAAAUUAUUGUCGCCGUAAAAGAGGCGGAGAUUCCGGCCCUGGAAAAGCUAUACAAGCAAGGAGUUGACAAUGGCGUGCGGGAUUUGAAGAUGCUCCACAGCGAAGAGGAGAUUAAGAAGUUGGAGCCCAACGUUCACGGUGUCUCUGCUCUUUAUUCUCCCAAUACGGCCAUUACGGACUUUGCCGCCGUGACACGCCACAUGUUGAAGGAGUUGCAGCAAGGUGCAAAGGGCCUCUUCGACGCCCAGUUUAAGUUUGAAGCUUUGGACUUUGUUGGGUUAUCACUCGAAACCGCUGAAAAGAAGCCCCCAGAGGAGAUGGUACUUAUUCGCGGGCGGGAAGAGGGACAGUUGGGUCCAGAGAAAACUAUUGUGGCCAAAAAUGUCAUUGCCUGUUGUGGCCUUUCGAAUGAUCUUCUCGCAAAGCGGUCUGGGCCAAUACUGGGCCAAAUUGGUAAGAAAGUGGUUCAGACCUUCAGUUUCCGUGGACGCUAUUAUCAGCUAAAGCCGGAAGCACGCGACCUCGUGUCAAUGAACGUCUAUCCCGCCCCGGAUGCUUUGCGAGGGAUCGGCGUCGGUGUUCACUUCACACCAACGGUGGAUGAGCAGCGUGGACACCAGCUCAUCAUGGGUCCCGGGUCUGCAGCAGCAACGCAUCGCUACGGGUAUUCGCCAUAUUUCUUUGACCUGGAGUACUGCUGGAAUUCGGCCAUGAGCCGAGGCGGCUGGGUGAAUUUUGUCAAGCAUUUUGGUACUCUCUUCCAGACCUUUAGUGUGGACGUGAGUCGCACAGUUUUCCUGCACGAGGCCCGUAAGCUGGUGCCGUCCCUAAAGGACUCGGACGUGGAGGAAGGUUUCGCUGGUGUGAUGGGCAUGGCUGUCGCGGAGGGCGGGGAGCUAGAGAUGGACCUCAGCGUUGAGCUCUCUCGGCCUCGCACUGUCAUCGCCGCGGUCCUUAAACCAAACAAAGUCAUUGAAUUGCUGGAGCACGAGAACGCGGGAGGAGUCGUCGCGAAGAGUGGUCUUAACCCACUUGUUAUGAACGUCCGUAACGCCCCGACCCCCGCUGCGACAUCGUCCAUGUCCAUCGCAGAGGAUAUUGUCGCAGCUGCAAAAGAGAACUUCAACUGGUGA